CGGCAGGCUCCCACCAGCCAACCAGAACCUCGCGUUCCAGCGCCCGCCAGCUCCAUCGCUGCCCACUGCCCACUGAAGCCAUCACUGCUGGGUGACACUGGCAUCUUGACCUUGACGGCAACAACUGAUCCCGAUUCCACUCGAUCCAUUCCUCGCCCAACAAACAACCCAAACCGCCUCCAUAUCCCAUCACCACCACGUGGCGCACGAGGACGCUGCUUUCUACAACACCCCGACAUUAAUAAACACCCAGAAAUCAACGACAAACAGAAACCGCCACCGCGAAGCUACUUAUUAAACCAUCAGGAUGCCCGGCCUCGUCACCGCGACCGGCGUGUUGGCCUUCCUCGCCGAUGAGGAGCCCGAGCUCAAGGUCUUCGCCCUCAAGACCCUCAACGAUGAUAUCGACACCGUUUGGACCGAGGUCGCUGGCGCCUUGACCCAGAUUGAGGCCCUCUACGAAGACGAGACCUUCCCCGAGCGCCAACUCGCCGCCCUUGUGCUCGCCAAGGUCUACUUCCAUCUCCAAGCCUACAACGAGAGCAUGACCUUUGCCCUGGCUGCCGGCCCCCUCUUCAAGCUCGACGCCCCCAGCGAGUUCGAGGAGACCAUCAUCUCCAAGUGCAUCGACCAGUACAUCGCCGUCUCUUCGCUCCACCAUACUCCUUCCAAGAAGGAUCUUCCCCCCCUCUUGACCGACCUCGGCAGCGGUGCCAUCGAUAGCUCGGCUCUGAUCUCCCCCACUACGCCCUUCUCGCAAUCUUCGGUUCCCUCCAAGUCCCUUCUUGCGCGCGCAUCGUCCGACGACAACACUAUCCUGGAUCCCACCUUCCAGCCUACCAAGGAGACCCGCUCUGCCUCGAUAGCCCAGGUUCACGAUACCGCCACUCAGGUUGCGCUUCAGAACGUCAUUGAGCGUCUGUUCGAGAACUGCCUGAAGGAGGGCAAAUACAGACAGGUGGUGGGCAUUGCUGUUGAGGCCAAGAACCUUGAUGUUCUGCGUCGCGUCAUCAAGCGCGCCAACGAGGAUGUCAAGUCCGGCAAGACCAAAGUACAGGAAGGUAGCCAGGGGCCGGCUGAGGAGCUCAUGGACUAUGCCCUUGGCAUUUGCAUGGACAUUGUCCAGGAACGCGGCUUCCGCACCGAGAUUCUGCGCCUGAUCCUCGACCUCCUAAACGACAUCCCCAACCCGGAUUACUUUGCCAUCGCCAAGUGCGUUGUCUAUCUUGAUUCGGACGAGGAGGCGUCCCGCAUGCUCCGCCAGCUGGUUACCAAGGGAGAACAGGACUCGAUCGCCAUUGCGUACCAAAUCGCAUUCGAUCUUUACGACAACGGCACCCAGGAGUUCUUGGGCAAGGUCACCAAGGCUCUGCCCUCCGGCGAGCCACCCAAGCCCAAGCCUGCCGAGGAAAGCAGCGAUGCGGCUGCCGAGCGUGAGCCUCUUCUGGAAGGCCAGGAGAGCUCCGAGGAAGAAUUGCCCGAGGAGGUGGCCAAGGUCUACAAGAACAUUCGCACCAUUCUUGACGGCAGCAAGGCCAUCAAGCUCAACCUCGAAUUCCUCUACCGCAACAACCACGCCGACAUGAGCAUUCUCAACAAGGUACGCGACAGCUUGGACGGCCGCAACUCCAUUUUCCACAGCGCCGUCACCUUCUGCAAUGCCUUUAUGAACGCUGGCACUACGAAUGACAGAUUCUUCAGGGAUAACCUCGAGUGGCUAGGAAGGGCUGUCAACUGGUCCAAGUUCACGGCCACUGCCGCACUCGGUGUCCUGCACAAGGGCAACGUCACCCAGUCUCGCAAGCUCCUCGAGCCCUACCUUCCCCGCCCCUCUGGCGUCAGCACGGGUUCCGUCUAUAGCCAGGCCGGUGCCCUUUACGCUUACGGUCUGAUUCACGCCAACCACGGCGCUGAUGCUCUGCCCUACCUUCACCAACAGUUCAAGGACGCCGACCAGGAGGUCAUUCAGCACGGUGGCGCUUUGGGUCUGGGUAUUGCCGGCAUGGGUACUGGUGACCAAAAGAUCAUUGAGGACCUGAAGGAAGCUCUCUACUCUGACUCGGCUCUCAACGGUGAGGCCGUUGGUGCGGCUAUGGGCUUGAUUAUGCUGGGAACCGGUCACGCCGCCACUAUUGAUGCCAUGUUCACCUACGCCCACGAGACUCAGCACGAGAAGAUUGUCCGCGGUAUCGCCUUGGGCAUUGCCCUCAUCAUGUUUGGACAGCAGGAGAGUGCCGACAGGACGAUCCAGCUUCUCCUUGCGAACCCCGACCCUAUCCUCCGCUAUGGUGGUGUUCUCACGCUCGCCCUGGCGUACUGCGGAACCGGCAGCAACAAGGCCAUUCGCAAGCUUCUUCACCUUGCCGUGAGCGACGUGAACGACGACGUCCGCCGUGUUGCCGUCAUGAGCUUGGGCUUCAUCCUCUUCCGCAAGCCUGGCAGCGUUCCUCGCAUGGUCGAGUUGCUCGCCGAGUCUUACAACCCGCAUGUGCGCUACGGUUCGGCCAUGGCCCUCGGUAUCGCGUGCGCCGGAACCGGUUUGGAUGAGGCGAUUGACCUGCUUGAGCCCAUGAUGAAGGACCCCACCGACUUUGUCCGCCAGGGUGCCCUCAUUGCUCUCUCCAUGAUCUUGGUUCAGCAGAACGAGGUCAUGAACCCCAAGGUUGCGGCCAUCCGGAAGACGCUCAAGAAGGUUGUUAGUGACCGCCACGAGGAGCAGAUGACCAAGUUCGGCGCCUCGCUUGCCCUUGGUAUCAUUGAUGCUGGUGGUCGCAACUGCACCAUUGGUCUUCAAACCCAGACUGGCAACCUCAACAUGGCUGGUAUCGUUGGUAUGGCUGUGUUCACCCAGUACUGGUACUGGUUCCCCUUCACCCACUUCUUGUCUCUCAGCUUCGUUCCCACGUCCAUCAUUGCUCUCGACAGUGAUCUUGCCAUCCCCAACGUCAAGUUCUACUGCGCUACUCGUCCCAGCUUGUUCGACUACCCACCAGAGCAGGAGGUCAAGGUGGAGGAGGGACCCGCCUUGGUCACCACUGCUGUUCUGUCUACCACGGCGCAGGCCAAGCGUCGGGCCCAAAAGAAGGAGAAGGCGCAGCGUCGUGAGAGCAUGGACAUUGACACGCCGGCUGUUUCCAAGACCGCCUCCCAACCUGCUGCCGAGGACAAGAUGGAUAUCGACGACGAUAAGAAGGCCGCCGCUAAGCCUGAAGAGUCCAAGGAGAAGAAGGAGGGUGAGUCUGGCGAUAAGGAGGCAACUGCCGCCACUGACGCCAAGAAGAAGGCGGAGAAGGAGAAGGUUGGCUACGAGAUUGAGAACAUGUCUCGUAUUCUGCCCGCUCAGCUCAAGUACAUUAGCUUCCCGGCUGGACGUUAUAAGCCAGUCAAGAAGCCUACCGGUGGUCCCCUUCUCCUCUUCGAUACCCAACCUUCGGAGCCCAAGGUCCUCCUUGAGGAAAAGCUCAACAAGGUAACCACGGAGCGUGCUCCCGUCGCCGGCGCCGGCGCUUCCGGUUCCAGCGACGGAACCCCCCGUCUCUCUGGUGGGGCCGCCCAAUCCCUUCUCAGUCAGCUCCAAGGAACCGGCGCCUUCAACCGGUCUAGUAUGCGGGAACUCAGCGAGUUGCUGCAGCUCGGCCAGCGUAUGGAGCAGGAUGCUGCUGCUGCUGAACGCGGGGAGAGAAGAGCUCGCGGUUCGGGGAAUGCCGCUGCGGGCACUGGAAGUGGUGCUGCGGCGGGAAGCGGUGCUGGUGCGGCCGCUGCUGCGGCGGUGUUGAAUGCUGUUGAUGAGGAUGGCGAGAGUGAUGAGGAGGCGCCGACGCCGGCGGAGUUUGAUUACUUUACUGAUGCGGAGGCGGAUGAUGAGGAAUAGAAAUCUAAGCGGAAGCAUGACGAGUAGAUAGAUGGAGGAUGGAGGGUGAAGAAUGAAGAAUAGACGGGGAUUGAUUGUAUCAUGUCUGGCCCUGGUUGUACAGUAUUUUUUGCAGUGAGGCCUAUCAUCAGCGAUAUUAGAAUUAUCAGCGUAUUCUGGCAGUUCAUCACACUACUUGGGAUUGUACAUAUUUAACUCAAAAACUGAUUCAUCC